AUGUCGUACGAAAAGAUGGAAGUGGUGAAUCCUGCUGAAAAAGAGGCUAGCGAGGUGCUGCAUUCGCUGCUCUCUGUGGAGCGGCGAAGCGUGGACAGCAAGGAGGCGAUAAUUGUGUCCAUACCAGCCGACCAGAACGGAGGCGGCGAAUACGGUGAGAGUGCUCAAUGGCAUACUCCCGUCAUGGGCCAGCACUCGGUCUUCGAAAUGGGAGGACAAAAUAUGCAACAACAUAGCUACAAUGGUCAUCAAGAACAGGUUUUGUGGCAAGGGCACACAAUACAAGUGGAGAAUGGUAAUGCUAAUUUGCAAGCCAUACCCGGUACAUAUAGUAUUGAGUUUGAGUCCCAUGUUGAAGGUGAUCCAGGAGACAUGGAAGUGGACACAAAACCCAAAGUUGAAAAGAAAACAGGCAGUAAGAAAAAGAAAAAAGCUGAAUCAGACAGUGAUGAAGAAGUUCUUGACAAUAAACUGGAAGAUAAUCCAGCGCAGGUCAAAGAAAGACUGAGGAGAGGAUGUGAUUGUAAAGACAACUGUUAUCGUGGACUUAACCCAGAGGCAGUUUAUCGGCAUAGAUUAAACAUUGCUGAACUAACUAAGAGUGAACAUGAUAUGUACCUGAUGGGCAUUACAAUGGCGAGCUUGGCUAAUCCAGCUGAAACAUCACGCCACAAAGUCAGAAGGAGAUUAAGAGCAUGUUAUGUAUAUCAAGGUAGGAAAGUUUGCCUAGAGGCUUUCCUGUAUCUUGAGAAUGUUACUCACUAUCAGCUGAAACGAAUCAGGCAGCACGUAAUGACGCAUGGCGUUGCACCGCGAAUACACGGUAACGUCGGUAAGAAACCAUACAACACUUUCACCCUAGAUAUUUACAAACAUGCUACGAAUUUCCUGAAAGAAUACUUGAAACAACAUGCCAGUUCACCUAAAGAUGUUCAGCCAUCUGGAGAAAGUGGCAAAAAGGCCAGUAAGACUGUGAUCAUUCAAGGAGACUCUCGGAAACAUUUAUUCGAGGCUUACAAAGAGUAUGGAGAAAUCCUAGAACCAGGUGUAAAACUCAUGGGAUAUUCAACCUUCCGUGCUUUCAUGAAAGACCAAUUUCCUCACGUUAAAUUUGCCACUAAGAAGCAAGAAAUUCCUAAAGAUAUGGUGCCCUUCCGCAGCGGUAAGUGUAUGUCAUAUGAUAAGAAUAAAGAUCCCAUAAGACUACAGCAAGAGAAAGAAAAAGCCGACGCCAAAAAGGCAGCUAUGGAGGCUAAGAAGAAAGAAGAACACGAGAGAGAGCAACAGGCGCAACAACAAGCGCAGCAACAGCAACAACAGCAGCAAGUACAGCAACAACAACAACAGCAGCAGCAGCAACAACAGCAGCAACAGCAGGUGCAACAGGUGCAGGUCCAGCAGCACCAGCAGAUGCAGGGCCAGGCGCACGUCGUCAUCCACCAGCAACAGCCGCAACAGCAGCAACAAAUGCAGCAACAGAUGCUGGUGCCGCAGGUGAGCCAGCACCAGCAGGUGCUGACACAAGGAGUACAGCAGGUGACGCAGCAGCACUGCGUGCAGCCACUGGGCGUAUCGGAGGAGGGCGGCCAGCCCGUAGAGAUGGCGCAGCAGGUCAUACCCCUCGCCGUCGUCCAACAGCCGCAGCAGGCCUACAUCGUCACUCCUGUCUCACACUUCCAGACUCGUGUUCAGGGAGCUUGGUACAGGCAUUGA